AUGUGUGCAGAAAAAAAGUAUGAAGCAGCAGAAAUUGUUGGCCACACUUUAAUUGAUGAAGUUAGAGUGCUUUCAAAGUUGUUACUGGUGAUAUUAAAGUCGGUAUUUUUUUCGGUGCCAGUCUUUUUCAGUUGGAUAAAAGAAAUUAUUUAUCCACCUAAUCCUAAGAUUGUUAAAGGUCAAUUAGCAUUGGUCACGGGAGGGUCUAAUGGAAUAGGCAAAGCAAUCGCAUUACGAUUAGCUCAAGAAGGGUGCAAUAUUGCAAUAGCAAAUAGAAAUCACGAAGAAGGUCAACGAACUGCGGCUGAAAUACAACAAAAGUUUGGUGUCAACGCAAAAGCUUUUAAAGUAGAUGUUUCAAAUGUAAAUGAAGUUAAAAAGUUAAGAGUUGAUGUUGAAAACACAUUGGGAACCGUCGAUAUAUUAGUAAACAACGCUGCAUCUUUAGCAUUGAACAUUUCUCUUUUAGAAGGAACAUCCAAGGAUAUUCAAAGUAUUAUUGACACAAAUCUUACAGCUUACUUCUGGACUGUCAGACAAUUCUUACCAGGCAUGAUUGAAAGGAAGCGAGGUCAUGUUGUCUCAGUAUCUUCACUAAGCGCUAAAGUUACAAUGCCAAACAAUUUGACUUACGUAACAACAAAAUUCGGCAAUGAUGGAUUCAUGAAAGCACUUUUUGAUGAUCUUUGUUUGAAUAAUCAUGACGAUUAUAUAAACUUAACCACGGUUUAUCCAUCAUUCACAGCAACUCAGAAAAACUUAACGUCAUUGCUUGAAUCUAUUACUGAUAUUAUUGCGUACGAUCCAGACUAUGUUGGUGAUUUAAUUGUUAAAGGAAUGCUUGCAAAUCGAAGAGAAUUCAUUGUUCCGCCAUCAUCAGCGCUUUUUAUUCUAACAAGAUAUUUUCCUGACAAAGUUAUGAAACGAGCUAAAUUGAGUUUGAUUGAUCUGAAUAAAAGAAAACAGUACGAUGAACUCAGAAAAAAUAUUUAAAAAUUAUGUGGAGUUUGGAGAUAUUAAACGAUCAUGCAUUGGUAAAUUAUAUUAGAUCACUUUAAUUAAGAAGAUUUGUUAUUUAAAUAAAUUUAAUUUAAUGCACAAGUGACUUAAUUGUCAAGGGAGUUCCCCUGAAUUAUUGAAAUACAACGAAGAUUAUUCAUACACUCACAAAAAAAACUUUGCAGCAUCAUCAAAUUCAUUAGUUCAAUAGU